AUGGACCGACCCGAUGGCAGAACUGCCGUUACCACUGACAGGGCUGACCCCAGCGUAAAGUCGCUGAGGAUCAAUGGAGAAGCAGCAGCAGUAGCAGCAGCGGCAGCAACAACGACAAUGGAGGGCCUUGAAUCACCUCGGUUGUCGUCCCUCUUGUCCCCGCCACCGUCACCACACAAUCGCGCCAUCACCCCCCUGCUCGUCCUGGUUCUGCUAGUAAACCUCUCGGCGAGCCUGUACCAGCUCCCGCUCAAUCGUGUCAUCGAGCGACGUGUCUGUCGCGACUUUUUCCGUACCAUCAUUGACGAUGGCUCCGACGCCGUCUUUCUGCCCGACGGUCAGGUCCGCGAACAGCUGUGCAAGGUGAGCGAGGUUCAGCAGGACCUGGCCCGCGUGCAGCGGGGAAUGGAUCUUGCAUGGAUCAUAGGAGAUCUCAUCAUGACCAUCCCCCUCGGCUUCGUGGCCGAGAGGUACGGCAGGCGUCUCGUGUUGCUGCUCAACCUUGUCCCGCGCAUCGCCAUGCUGGCUUGGGCUGUGGUCGUAGGUUAUUUUGAGAAUGUGCUUCCAGCCCGUCUACUGUAUCUCGGGCCCAUGCUAUCGGUGCUUGGUGGUGAUUGUGUCUUCAACUCCAUCACCUAUGCAUUUGCUGCCGGUUUUACAGAAGACAACGUGCUCCGGGCUUCGUACUUUGGAUACAUGAGCUCCAUCACAUACGUUGUGGCCCUCGUCGGUCCUGCCUUUGCCUCGGCCACUAUGAGCUUGAACCUCUGGCUGCCCUUCUUCAUUGGCAUAUCACUACUCUUCCUUGCCUCCCGUGCCAUCGCCCUGCUCCCUGACAGUCGUUACGACCAGCGCCGGCAGGAGUCUAUAGCAGACACCUCAACAUUAUCGUACCCGAAGCUUCACGCCCCCCAGCCUGCCAUCCAAGCAAUCGUCCACCGCCUCAACUUCCUCUACGCUUUUGUCGCCUCUCGCCCGCGCAACUUUGCCUUUCUCCUCGUCAGCAUGUUCCUCACCUCGCUCGCUAGCGCCGACACCAAGCUGCUGGUCCAGUACAUCUCGCAGCGGUACACGUGGUCCUUUUCGUCGGCGGGCUACCUCUUGUCGGCCAAGGCGUGCGUCAACUUUGUCCUCCUCACCGUCGUCGUGCCCUCCCUGCUGCGCGCCCGGGCAAAGAAGAGCACCGUCUCGACGGAGCGGCAGAACCUGUUUUGGGCAAACGUGUGCUUGGUCAUGUCGGUCAUGGGCGCCACCUUGAUCGGCCUGGCGCCCACCGUGUGGCUGCUCGUCCCGGCCAUGGGCGUCUACGCGCUCGGCUCGGCCCUGCCCGUCUUCACCCUGAGCCUGCUCAAGUCGCCGCAGGUGUCGCCGGUGCAGCAGCAGCAAAAUCCCAAGGAUGACGAUGAUGAUGAUGAUGACGACGACCAUGACGACUACAACAGGCCGAGUUCGCCCACCUCGGUCACUGGCAUCAUUGGCGGUGGCAGGCUCAGCAGUGAGUCACAUGACACGACCGUCUUUUCGGUCGUCAUGCUCGUCAAGACGGUCGGGUCUCUGGUCGGCGUGCCCAUUGUGACCAGUUUGUGGAUCCUGGGCAUCGAUCUCAGGUUCGAGGGGCUCGGGCUGCCGUAUUUUGUCAGCGCCGGGUGUUAUUUUGCCGCGCUGGUGGUUCUGUUUCGCAUCAAUGUGAUUUAG